AUGGGUAAAACAUUCGACAAAAUUCACGCUUGUUGCGUUGGCAACCUGGCAUACAAGGAUAGGAUUCCCCAGUGGAUCCGUGCUAACGGCGGCAAGUUUUCAGUGGAAGUUGAUAACACCGUCACGCAUCUUAUUACAACGAGGAAAGCUUACAAAGAUAAAGAAAAACUCGUGCAAGAUGCCAAGAAUGUGGGCACCAUCAAGAUCGUGUCUUACGACUGGCUAUCCGAGUCAUUGCUCUCCAAAAACCGUCGACCUAAGCCAGUGGGCCCCUACCUUCUUGAAAGUUUGAUCAAGGGGAAUAAAAAGGCCAAAGCGGACAAUAAUGGCUCUGGCGCCUCCAGGGCACAAAUUCCAAAGAAAAAAAUCCAUCGAGAUCCACAAACAGGGGAGGCCUGGGAUGCAACCCUAAUUCGAUUGGGCCAGCUGCCACGUUCACGAGAGAAGUACCGUCUGGCAAUCUUCGAAUUCCCUACAACGCCUCCAACCUACUCCACCUUUGCGAAGUACAGCCGAGUGGGCACUUCUAGAGUCGAACAACUCGCCCCGCCGAAGAGUAAUUCGACCGUGGCCAUCAAUUCAUUCAAAGCAUUCUUCACGUUACAGACAGGCAAGGAAUGGGAGAAUAAAGAAGAUGGAAAUUUGCCUGGCCCUAGACUGGAUCCAGAAGGCCAGCCCUCGCCUGUUCCCCAAAACUGGUAUUCCUUCGAAUCCAGGACGAACAUUUUUACGAAUUACCUCAUGAACUUUUCGCCUUCUUCGACUUCAAAUGUUCCCAUUGAGAGCCCCUCCAAGCUGCAGGACGUGUGA